CUGUUUUCUUUUUGAAAGAGAGUCACAAAUCUGUAAUCUCCUUCAUAUCUCGAAAUCUUUGGCAACGCCUUUUGAUUACAAUUGGUGUUGAAAUGCAAAAGCCAAACCGACCACCAGUCAAUGCAAGCUGGUUUGGAUUGAAGGACGGAGAGAGUGAAAUUAUAAAUGCAGAAUUAUUGGUGGAUCUUCUUGAGACUUAUAGAUUUGGUAAAGAUAAUGUUCUCCCCGGAGAAUUUCGAUUCAAGGCGGUAGCAACGGCGCCAGUCAAGAUUACCGCCGAGAUAGAGGUGGAAGUCGAAGAGGAAGAUGAUAGAUCUCAAGGAAACAAGUCUGUUCGUGAAAGCACAUCAUCAGUAUGUUCCAGUUCAGAUCCAAUAGUACUUGAGACUACUGUCAGCGAAACCGGUUCAAAUAAUGAAACCGAGUCAAACGAAGAUUCCGGUUCAAACGAAGAAUCAGGUUCAAAUGAAGAAAACGGUUUAGAUUGGUUAAAGUCGAGCUCCAUAAACUUAGCAAAUGUAGAGAACGAAAUGCAACAGAACAGAGAAAAUGCUGAGAUAGAAGGACAAGAAGAAGAAAAGAGCGAGAUAUCAUCAUCGGAUUCAGAAGAAAAGUCAAACCUAGACAACUUGCUUGCGACACAAGAAAACUAUGAGCUUUACUGUCCAUGUUGUAGCUCAUGUAUCACUAGAAAAGUGAUUCUCAAGAAAAGGAAACGUGGGAAGCACGUUGAUUUGUCGACGGAUCUAAAACUCAAUGUACCGGUUGAUGAAACUGACGAACCAAGCGACGUUGAAGUGAUGGAGCCACCGGUUAAAGUUCAUGUCCUCCCUGAGACUCGUAUUGAAGAUGAUGUUCAAGAUGCUAAAGAGGAGGGAAUCAUCUUCACUUGCUUGGCUUGUCUUAAGUACUUCAUCCGGUUAGGAACAAGGUUCUUACAAUUUGAUUAUAUCAGGGCAAAACCGGUUGAGGAACCAGUUGAAGUAAAUUUAGAGGUGAGAAAUAGUAUUAACACAACACAAUCACUGCCACAAACUCAACCGGACGGAGAAAGAUUCGCCGUUGAGUUGUUAAAGAGCACUAUCUACGGCGGUCUCACUGAGACCAUCACCAGCCUCGGCGUUGUAUCCUCGGCCGCUGCCUCUGGUUCCUCCACCAUCAAUAUAUUGGCUCUUGCUGUCGCAAAUUUGGCUGGUGGGCUCAUCGUCCUCGCUCAAAACCUUCAAGAUUUAAGGAACAGUUCAGAUCAAGAGAAAGAUCGUUACAAGGAAUUGUUAGGGAGACGUGAUAAUUUCCGGAUACAUAUCUUAGUAGCGGUCAUGUCUUACAUUUUCUUCGGCAUAAUUCCACCAUUAGUUUAUGCAUUCUCCUUCUACGAAACCGGAAUCAAGAACUACAAGCUCAUCUCGGUUUUCUCGGUUUCUCUGGUUUGCGUGAUUUUGCUCGGUUUAAUCAAGGUCUAUGUCCGAAAACCGCCAAACUCACGUGAAUCGAUUAAAGCUUAUCUCAAAUCUGCGCUUCAAGAUUUAAGGAACAGUUCAGAUCAAGAGACAGAUCGGUACAAGGAAUUGUUAGGGAGACGUGAUAAUUUCCGGAUACAUAUCUUAGUAGCGGUCAUGUCUUACAUUUUCUUCGGCCUAAUUCCACCAUUAGUUUAUGCAUUCUCCUUCUACGAAACCGGAAUCAAGAACUACAAGCUCAUCUCGGUUUUCUCGGUUUCUCUGGUUUGCGUGAUUUUGCUCGGUUUAAUCAAGGUCUAUGUCCGAAAACCGCCAAACUCACGUGAAUCGAUUAAAGCUUAUCUCAAAUCUGCGGUUUAUUAUACGUCUGUUGUGGUUGCCUCUUCCGGAAUAUCAUACGUUGUUGGAGAUAUUAUGGGACAAUAUAUCGGAAAGCUCAGUUGGAUUAGUUUAGACCAGGUCAAUAUAACUUCACCAUUUGAUGGAAUUAAACCGGAAGGGUACCGGUUUACUUCCUUUUAA